UGAGUGAGCUUGUAUGUGCGUCAGUGAGUUUGUAGUGAGCAUGUGUGUUACUGAGCUUGUCUGUAGUGAGCAUGUGUGUCAGUUAGCUUGUCUGUAGUGAGCAUGUGUAUGUGUCAGUGAGCUUGUAGUGAUCAUGUGUGUGUCAGUGAGCUUGUCUGCAGGGUUUCCUAAAGAAAUUUUGGGGCCCCUGACGCAGCUUAAGUUCUGGGCCUCUGGGGCCCGCCCCUGAGGUCGCCCAUUGGUCCGCCCUCAAGUCUGCCCUCUGAUACUACCUCCGAGUCCACCUACAGGGCCCAUCCUGAGUCCACUUACAAGGAUGAAGUGUUUGUGUACUGAAUAUGGUGUGUGUAUAGGGGAUGUAGAAUGUAUAAAGUGGAUGCAGAGUGCGUGUGUGUCAUGGAUGCAGUGUGUAUAGUGGCUGUAGAUUGUACAUUUGUUUAGUGGAUGUAGUGUUUCUGUGUAUUAGAUGCAGUGUGUAUAGUGACUGCAGAGUGUGUAUAGUGAAUGCAGAGUGUGUGUUUGUGGAGUAGAUGUAGUGUGCGUAGUGGAUGUAGUGUGUGUAGGGCUGUAUUGUGUGUAGUAGAUGUAGUGUGUGUAGUGAAUGCAGAGUGUGUAUUUGUGCAGUGUGUGUAGUGUGUAUAGUGACUUCAGAGUGUUUGUUUGUAUAAGGAUGUAGUGUGUGUGUGUAUAGUGACUGGAGUGUAAGGAUGUAUCAUGUGUAUAGUGACUGCAGAGUGUGUGUUUGUGUAAGGAUAUAGUGUGUAUAGUGAUUGGAGUGUGCUUUUGUGUAAGGAUGUAGUGUGUGUAUAGUAACUGAAGAGUGUGUAUUUCUGUAAGGAUGUAGUAUGUGUAUAGUGACUGCAGAUUGUGUUUGUGUAAGGAUGUAGUAUGUGUAGUGACUGCAGAGUGUAUGUUUGUGUAAGUAUGUAGCAUGUAUAGUGACUGCAGGAUGUGUGUUUGUAUUGUGGAUGUAGUGUCUGUAUAGUGACUGCAGAGUGUGUGUUUGUGUAAGGAUAUAGUGUGUGUAGUGACUGCAGUGUGUGUGUUUGUGUAGUGGAUAUAGUGUGUGUGUGUGUGUGUGUGUGUAAAUAGUGACUGCAGUAUGUGUGUUUACAUAGAGGAUGUAGUGCGUGUGUGUAAAUAGUGACUGCAGAGUGUGUGUUUGUGUAGUGGAAGUAGUGUGAGUGUAAAUAGUGACUGCAGUGUGUGUGUUUCUGUAAGGAUGUAGUGUGUGUAUAGUGACUGCAGAGUGGAUAUAUGUGUAAGAAUGAAGUGUGUGUAGUGACUGCAGAGUGGAUGUUUGUGUAAGUAUGUAGUGUGUGUAGUGACUGCAAAAUGUGUGUUUGUGUCGUGGAUGUAGUGUGUGUAUAGUGACUGCAGACUGGGUAUUUGUGUAAGGAUGAAGUGUGUGUAGUGACUGCAGAGUGGAUGUUUGUGUAAGUAUGUAGUGUGUGUAGUGACUGCAAAAUGUGUGUUUGUGUUGUGGAUGUAGUGUGUGUAGUGACUGUAGAGUGUGUGUUUGUGUGAGGAUGUAGUGUGUGUAUGAACAGUGACUGCAGUGUGUGUGUUUGUGUAGUGGAUGUAGUGUCUGUAUAGUGACUGCAGAGUGUGUGUUUGUGUAAGGAUAUAGUGUGUGUAGUGACUGCAGUGUGUGUGUUUGUGUAGUGGAUAUAGUGUGUGUGUGUGUAAAUAGUGACUGCAGUAUGUGUGUUUACAUAGAGGAUGUAGUGCGUGUGUGUAAAUAGUGACUGCAGAGUGUGUGUUUGUGUAGUGGAAGUAGUGUGAGUGUAAAUAGUGACUGCAGUGUGUGUGUUUCUGUAAGGAUGUAGUGUGUGUAUAGUGACUGCAGAGUGGAUAUAUGUGUAAGGAUGAAGUGUGUGUAGUGACUGCAGAGUGGAUGUUUGUGUAAGUAUGUAGUGUGUGUAGUGACUGCAAAAUGUGUGUUUGUGUAAGUAUGUAGUGUGUGUAUAGUGACUGCAGACUGGGUAUUUGUGUAAGGAUGAAGUGUGUGUAGUGACUGCAGAGUGGAUGUUUGUGUAAGUAUGUAGUGUGUGUAGUGACUGCAAAAUGUGUGUUUGUGUAAGGAUAUAGUGUGUGUAGUGACUGCAGUGUGUGUGUUUGUGUAGUGGAUAUAGUGUGUGUGUGUGUAAAUAGUGACUGCAGUAUGUGUGUUUACAUAGAGGAUGUAGUGCGUGUGUGUAAAUAGUGACUGCAGAGUGUGUGUUUGUGUAGUGGAAGUAGUGUGAGUGUAAAUAGUGACUGCAGUGUGUGUGUUUCUGUAAGGAUGUAGUGUGUGUAUAGUGACUGCAGAGUGGAUAUAUGUGUAAGGAUGAAGUGUGUGUAGUGACUGCAGAGUGGAUGUUUGUGUAAGUAUGUAGUGUGUGUAGUGACUGCAAAAUGUGUGUUUGUGUAAGUAUGUAGUGUGUGUAUAGUGACUGCAGACUGGGUAUUUGUGUAAGGAUGAAGUGUGUGUAGUGACUGCAGAGUGGAUGUUUGUGUAAGUAUGUAGUGUGUGUAGUGACUGCAAAAUGUGUGUUUGUGUUGUGGAUGUAGUGUGUGUAGUGACUGCAGAGUGUGUGUUUGUGUAAGGAUGUAGUGUAUAUGUGUAUAAAUAGUGACUGCAGUGUGUGUGUGUUUGUGUAGUGGAUGAAGUGUGUGUGUAAAUAGUGACUGUGGUGUGUGUGUGUUUGUGUAGUGAAUGUAGUGUGUGUGUGUGUGUAAAUAGUCACUGCUGUAUGUGUCUGUAUAAGGAUGUAGUGUGUGUGUGUAAAUAGUGACUGCAGUGUGUGUCUGUGUAAGGAUGUAGUGUGUGUAAAUGUUGUGGGGCUGCAUAUUGUGGGGGAGAGAAGGAGCAUGUAUAUUUUUUCCAUUUCUUGUAAUAUAUGUUACUCCCCCCCCCCCCUCCGCUGCUUACCUGUGGCCAGGGAGAGGGAGGUCACACCAGUCCAUGCCCCCCAGGACCACCGAGCCCAUGACAACCAUGGUUGUCAUGCCCUGAUGGUGGCCCUGCUUGUCUGUAGUGAGCAUGUGCAUGUGUCAGUGAGCGUGCCUGUAGGGAACUUGUGUGUGUGUUAGUAAGUUUGUAGUGAGUAUGUGUGUGUCAGCAAGCUUGUCUGUAGUGAGCAUGUGUGUGUGUCAGUGAGCUUGUCUGUAAGUGAACAUGUGUGUGCCAGUGAGUUUGUAGUGGGCAUGCAUGUGUCAGUGAGCUUGUCUGUAGUGAGCAUCUGUGUGUGUGUCAGUUAGCUUGUCUGUAGUGAGCAUGUGUGUGUGUGUGUGUGUCAAUAAGCUUGUAGUGAGCAUAUGUGUGUUAGUGAGCUUGUCUGUAGUGAGCAUGCGUGUGUCAGUGAUCUUGUCUGUAGUGAACUUGUUUGUGUGUGUCAGCUAGCUUUUCUGUAGUGAGCAUGUGUGUCAGUGAGUGUGUCUGUAAGUGAGCUUGUGUAUGUCAGUGAGUUUUUCUGUAGUACACAUUUCUGUGUGUCAGUGAACUUGUCUGUAGUGAGCAUGUGUGUGUGACAAUGAGCUUGCCUGUAGUGAACCUGUGUGUGUGUGCAUGUGUCAGUGAGUUUGUCUGUAUUGAGCAUGUGUGUAAGUGAUCUUUUCUGUAGUGAGAAUGUGUGUAUGACAGUGAGUUUGUAGUGAGCAUAUGUGUGCCAGUGAGCUUGUCUGUAGUGAAUGUGUGUCAGUGACCAUGUGUGUGUAUGUCAGUAAGUUUGUCUGUAGUGAGUAUAUGUGUCAGUGAGCUUUCCUACAGUGAGCAAAUGUGUCAGUGAGCUUUUCUGUAGGAAGCAAAUGUGUGUCAGAAAGCUUUUUUUUUUUUAAAAAAUUGGAUGUUAUGGGCUGACAAUUUUUUAAAGAGUCAAUACAGACCCCCAAAGAACUUUUGCUUGCUGAAAAGUUUUAAGUGUGAAGAAUGUGUCCUCUUUUUCUCAUUUUCCAAAAAGUGGAUAUUUCAAUAUUUCAUAUUUCAGUGAGAUUGUCUGUCAGUGAACCUAUUUGUGUGUAUCAGUGAGCUUGUGUUUUUAUGUCAAUGAGCGUAUGUGUAUCAAUGAGAAUGAGCUUGUGUGCUUGUGUCAGUGAGAUUGUCUGUGUCUGCAUGUGAGUAUGCUUACUGUAUAAUUAUUUUUUUUUUACACUGACAGAACCAAUAUUUUAGAAAAAGAAACAUACCAAUAAUAAAUAUAUAUAUACAUACACACACAAGCACACACACACACAACAUGGCACAAUGACUUAUGGGGCUGGCAUAUAUUUAUGCAUUUUUUUUUCCAGGGCUGCUUUGUAUCCCCAGUCCAUCCAUGCAAAAAGGGGUUGAGCAUUGAUGUCAUUACAAUUAUGCCCCCACCAUCCCCCAGGAAAAAUUCCUAUGGACGCCCAUGGGUAUAAGUAAAUAGUAAAUAUUUUCACUGAUAUCGUACACUGGGUGUCUACAGUGCUUACAUGGUCCCUUUAAAAAAUAUUGUAUGUUUUAAAAACUAUUUUCCUCAUGCCUAGAAAUAUAAUUUUUGCUCACAUUUUCCACAUUCUAACUCAGCACGUUUCAAUUUUCUUUCAACAAGCCAACUUUGCUUGUCUCUUCAUGAUAGCAGUUGUUCAAAUGUUAAUAAUGCAAGCAAACUGAAUCAUGUCUGCCAUAAAUGCUGUGUUUGCAGAAAGUGGAACAAAUUAGAUCAGUUUUAUGACAGAGUAUACGAGUCAUGUGACCAAACAAGGUUUUUUGCACUUAGCAAUAGCUGUUGGUAAUGUCUACAGAAAUUAUGUUGACAAUCAAUCAGAGUAAAAUUGUCUCUUCUAUUAGUGGUGAUUUAGUGUUGUAAAAUAUUACUAUUAUAAAAUAUAAAACCAAAAUAACUUUAUACUCUGGCUUUAAGAAAAUUGAAAAGCAAAUAAUUAAAGGAACACUUUAGUGUAGUGUUAACACAAACGUGUAUUUCUGAACUUGUAGUGUUAUACCACCACCUCCUCACCCCCCUUAAAUGGUAAUAAAACUUACCUUAUUUCCAGUGCCGCUCGGAUCCUGCCCCUGUCGUGAUCUGCCUCUUUGGCUAACAUUGUCAGAAGUGAUGAUCUCAGCCAACCCAAUGCUUUCCCAUUGGAAAUGCAUUGGAUUGGCUGAGAUCGUCAAAGAGGCGGGGCAGGGGCUGGGCCAAACACCAGCUUGGCCAAUCAGCAUCAUCUUAUAGAGAUGCAUUGAAUCAAUGUAUCUUUAUAGGGAAAGUUCAGCAUCUCAAUGCACAGCGUGGAGACUCUGAACAUUAGUGCUGCACCCAGUGCUCUAGUGUGAAAGCUUCCUUCUAUUGUGAGUAUUUUCAGGACAAAUCCUUUGAUGACAAGACUUAAAAGGUUUCUCCAAGCACCAUGACAAUUUCAUUGAUUUGAAGUGGUCAUGGUGCCGGAAGUCUGAAUGCAGUGUUUUGUAAUGAAAUGCUGCACAUGCAAAUGUGCCCUUAGCUCAACUCCAGCUGCAUUAUUAGCAAGCUCAGAACAAAGUUCCUGACUGGCAAAUAUCAUUCUGUGCAAAAUUGGGAUCUGAUGCUAUCAUGCACAGCAUGUUAGCACCAGACGGCUAAUGUCAGAAUGACCCCUUCCCCCUACCUUUGUCCUCCACUUGGCAUGUCCUCCAUGACCUCCAUGAAUGAUGUAAGUGGAGAAAGAUCAGGGAUAGGGAUAACCUUUUAGGGCAGACUAGAUGGGCCAAAUGGUUCUUAUCUGCCGUCACAUUCUAUGUUUCUAUGUUUCUAUGUUAACCUGGGAAUAAUCCUUUUAUUUAGGGUGUUACUUGCAGCUAUAUACACUGCUCAAAAAAUAAAGGGAACACAAAAAUAACACAUCCUAGAUCUGAAUGAAUUAAAUAUUCUUCUGAAAUACUUUGUUCUUUACAUAGCUGAAUGUACUGACAACAAAAUCACACAAAAAUUAAAAAAUGGAAAUCAAAUUUUUCAAACCAUGGAGGUCUGGAUUUGGAGUCACACUCAAAAUUAAAGUGGUAAAACACACUACAGGCUGAUCCAACUUUGAUGUAAUGUCCUUAAAACAAGUCAAAAUGAGGCUCAGUAGUGUGUGUGGCCUCCACGUGCCUGUAUGACCUCCCUACAAUGCCUGUGCAUGCUCCUGAUGAGGUGGCGGAUGGUCUCCUGAGGGAUCUCCUCCCAGACCUGUACUAAAGCAUCUGCCAACUCCUGGACAGUCUGUGGUGGAUGGAGCGAGACAUGAUGUCCCAGAUGUGCUCAAUUGGAUUCAGGUCUGGGGAACGGGCGGGCCAGUCCAUAGCAUCAAUGCCUUCAUCUUGCAGGAACUGCUGACACACUCCAGCCACAUGAGGUCUAGCACUGUCUUGCAUUAGGAGGAGCCCAGGGCCAACCGCACCAGCAUAUGGUCUCACAAGGGGUCUGUACCUAAUGUCAGUCAGGCUACCUCUGGCGAGCACAUGGAGGGAUGUACGACCCCCCAAAGAAAUGCCACCCCACACCAUUACUGACCCACUGCCAAACCGGUCAUGGUGGAGGAUGUUGCAGGCAUGCAGACUUUGUCCAUGGCGUCUCCAGACUUUGUCAUGUCCGUCACAUGUGCUCAGUGUGAACCUGCUUUCAUCUGUGAAGAGCACAGGGUGCCAGUGGCAAAUUUGAAAAUCUUGGAGUUUUCUGGCAAAUGCCAAACGUCCUGCACGGUGUUGGGCUGUAAGCACAACCCCCACCUGUGGAUGUCGGGCCCUCAUACCACCCUCAAGGAGUCUCUUUCUGACCGUUUGAGCAUACAAAUGCACAUUUAUGGCCUGCUGGAGGUCAUUUUGAAGGGCUCUGGCAGUGCUCCUCCUGUUCAUCCUUGCACAAAGGCAGAGGUAGCAGUCCUACUGCUGGGUUGUUGCCCUCCUAUGGCCUCCUCCACCUCUCCUGAUGUACUGGCCUGUCUCCUGGUAGCGCCUCCAUGCUCUGGACACUACGCUGACAGACACAGCAAACCUUCUUGCCACAGCUCGCAUUGAUGUGCCAUCCUGGAUGAGCUGCACUACCUGAGCCACUUGUGUGGGUUGUAGACUCCAUCUCAUGCUACUACUAGAGUGAAAGCACCGCCAGCAUUCAAAAGUGACCAAAACAUGAGCCAGGAAGCAUAGGAACUGAGAAGUGGUCUGUGGUCACCACCUGCAGAACCACUCCUUUAUUGGGGGUGUCUUGCUAAUUGCCUAUAAUUUCCACCUGUUGUCUAUCCCAUUUGCACAACAGCAUGUGAAAUUGAAUGUCACUUAGUGUUGCUUCCUAAGUGCACAGUUUCAUUUCACAGAAGUGUGAUUGACUUGGAGUGACAUUGUGUUGUUUAAGUGUUCCCUUUAUUUUUUUGAGCAGUGUAUAUUAAGAAUGCUCAACCUUUUAUUGUACUAAAUAGAUAGAUAAAAAUAUGAUAUAUAAAAAUUAUUUUUAGCUAUGUAUUAUCCAUCCGUCUGUCCAUCAAUCCAUCCAUGUUUGUAGGAAUGUGCUAUCUAAUCAUACCUCUUGUCAUUUCACAAAUAUCACAGCUAACAUAUUCACGCAGCCUUAUUCUGUAACAUAUUGCAGAACUAUAUGCAAAUUUCUGACCGACUUUCAAAUAUUUUUGAAUGGGACUUUGUUGGUUAAUCAUCUGCAGAUUCUAACUCGGGCACAGGAAAAGUAACUAGGUGUACUUUGCUUCCUCAGACUUUCCUUUGCUGUAUAGAAUGGCUAUGACAUCAUUAUGUCGUAAAUCACAGAGUGAAACCACUUCUUGAAUGAAACUACAUUUGCUGUUUUGAAGAGGAAACCCCAAUAUGUGCUACAGCUCUAUAAUAUAUAAAAGACUGGUGUCGUUGGGGGGAUUUGAUGUCAUCAGUGAUUGAAAAUAAAUUAUCUGUUUCAAAGCUACAACUGAUUUGAAAAGUAUGCAUAGGAACGCACGAGGAAAAACUUUAAUAUCUGGUAAAACAUUACCAAAAACAUUUAAUAUAACUAACUCAAAUAAAUACAUUGUAAAUUAAUUGUAAUCUCCCUCACCCAUCCACCACCUAGCUAAUUAUUUUUAACCCUGUCAUUGCUUUAAAUAUAAAUAAUUAGCCAUAGCUAAUCUUGACUUACCUAGAAAUAAUAAUAGUAAUAAGUGUGUUUGUACUUAAAAAAUGCUUUAACAAAAAAUGCACUUAUCCAAAGUUAUCACCAAAUUUCUUAACUCCACAUCAGUUCAUACUACAUGCUUUUACAAGAUUUUUGAAACAAAGCACAGAGCAGCUAAACACAUUAAGAACUUUCAAUUAUGAAAUUUGCCCAAUCUGAGAACAUUUCAGACAUGCUCAGUAUGUUCCCAGAACUGAUUUUUGCCACAAUUAGUCUCCAGUAGACUAAAUUUGACACCUAUUGUAUAAUAGUUUAACAUUUUUACAAUGUAGUCAAGAGUAGCGAACUGAACAUUUUAUUGCAUAAGGUUGUGAGUUCAAUUCUUGCAUGAUGAGUUUAUUUACAGCUUAUUCUGUGCACAUCAGAUUUAGGGGUUGUGUUGUCAAUCCCUGCAUUGUGAUACAUAUUUAUAUAUUUUUUUUCAGUUUUCUACAAAUGUAAUAUAUGUAAUAUAUUAUCAAAUUCAUAUUCCAAUAUCAGACACAUAUUACUUUAAUAUAUGCAGUAAAUGUCAUUAUUUAAACUUGAACACACCACAUUAAGAAGGGGAGGGCUUGCAAAGGCUGCAGACAAGAGAACUGCAGGUUUUGCAAACUGAUUUUAGAUAUAUACCCAAUGACAAAAUACAUAAUAAAAUAUGUGCAGGUUUUCAUUUGGGCUAUAAUUAUAUGGUUUUAACCCUUUCGGUGCAAGAGGUGUGUCGUUUAUAUUGCUUUGCAAUGUGCUGGCCAUAUCUCUGGAACUCAAAAGGUUAAAUGGUUUUAUUAUGUUGGCUAUUUUGAUAUAUAAAUUAGUCUUCUUUAGGUGGAAUCUGACAUCGGUGGAUGAACACAUCAAUUUUUCUUAAUCCGCAAAUCAUCAGAUGGGGUUUUUAUCACAAUGUUGGCAGGAAGGAACAUUGCAUCAUGAGUGUUUGCUCAGCAUUUUUGAUGAUGUAUCCAAGGAAUUUAAAUCAAUAUGUAUACUCAUGUUUUAACUACCAUAUGUAACACCUACUAACUUUGUUUACCAGGGUAAUUUGCUCAGACAUUUUAUCCCCACAAUAUUUUUGUAAAAGUUGACCCAUUAAAGGGAAACCUAAAGUGGGUACAUUUUUAUAAUUUCACAAUUUUUAUUAUCAAUAAACAACAAUUUAUAGAAUAAAUUAUUGUUCAUUUCUAUGUUUAUGUGUUUAAAUAAAAUAUUGAAGAAACAUUGUAUAGGGAAGAGUUUUCAUCGUUAAUUGUUUAGCAGUUUUGUAUCGAAUAAUAUUCGAUGUACAUGUAAUCUCUACAGAUCCCACAUUAUGGGCAAAACAGCUUAAAAACUGCUCUUCCACAACUGACUCACUAAUAGUGAAAACACAGUCGUAUUCUAACAUUCUGACUGAGCCUCAGAUUAUAUCAGUUAAUGAUUAAUCUGCAACUUCCAAUACAGGUAUAGGAAGUUCAUCGGUAAAUGUUUGAUUGCCUUAGACUUUCCUGUAAUUUGCAGCUGGGCUAAAUUGUAAUUAUGAUGAAAAAAAAAAUUACAGAGGAAAACCAGAUUUAGAAAUUAAACCACAUGGUGGAAACCCCACUCUAAACUGAAUCUCUAUAAAAUGGCAAGGUCUAUACAGGCACAACUCACAGAACACACCUGUGGACUCUUCCUUCACUCAGAAGAACAGACAACACAAAGACAUCAAUAUGGUGAGCCAGUGGAGUCGCUGCAUGGUGAGUUGUCUUCAGACACCUUUUCAGUUCUAAAACCCUUUUUUGGUUGUAAGAUGUAACAAUAAGUGCAAGUUACAGUAGUUACAUGUGUCUUAAUAUACAGUUCUCUAUCAGAUCUAAAAGGAUUUAUUACUUUUAACUAAAUUGCUAUUGAUUGACCUAUGUAGCUUAUAUCAAUAAAAUAUUUUAUUAACCAACAGCAAGAAAAAUAUUGAUAUGAGUGAAACUUUUUGUAUAUUUGAGAGUCCUGCUUGUUUGAGUUUAUUGUUUGGGAUUUAUAUUACAUAAUUAUAUUUUCUGUUUAAUUUUUUUCAGGUGCAUUGCAUGUUGUUGGCCAUUACCCUGGUAAUUAGCACGGUGAACUCUGCUCAUAUCAACAAGCCAUGUUAUCACACAGGAGACACACAGUUCCCAUCAGUGAUUAAUGUCACCUUGAACAAUAUCGGCCAAUCUCCAUCAGCAGGUCCGGAGGUCAGGAUGCGAUCUCUCUCACCUUGGAAUUACAGGUAAUGGUCAUUUAAAUUAUCUCUCUGGAUUCAAGCACUUCUCAUUGACUAUAAAACUACUUUAUCACCAAUGGAAUGCAUUGCUGAUAUUGCGUUCUCUCAUUUGCAAAUUAUGUAUCUCUCUUAUCUUAUUGUUUCAUGGAAUUUGUGCCCAAACUAUUGGAUUGUAUAAUCUAGAAUCAGUAUUUUUCAUACUGAAGAGUUUAUAAACUUACAUUUCUGAAUUCAAUACUCUUUUUUUUUUUAAUGUUUUGGGUGACCUCACUGAUAUCUGUUAGUGUGAUGGAGGAAUUCACAGUUUUAUCUGUGAUCAUUAAAAAAAAAAGGAAGAAUUUCAGAUUGGAGGAUAAAAAGUGUAACAGGGUUUGUCACUGAUGUGAGAACUGCUUUGAAUUCAAUGCUUUGUUCUUGGAGAGAAGGAGUCAAGACACUGUAAUUGUUUUAAAAUACAACUUCCUUUUCAAAUGUGUGAACUUGCAUUUCUUCCUUUUUUAGCAUUGAUGUAGAGUUCAACAGAUACCCUUCAAGAAUUGCUAUUGCUAAAUGCCGCCAUCAGCGGUGUGUGGAUGCUGAUGGUAAAUUGAUGCAUAGCAGAAAUUCCGCUGAGAUCAAACAGGAGAUCCUGGUUGUGUAUCGAGAAAUGAAAGACUGUAAACCGACCUACAGACUGCAGAAGAAGUUGAUUACUGUGGGCUGUACCUGUGUCCGACCUGAUGAAACGAGCUAAUCUUUCCUGGAGUCACCAGAGAAAUCCUUAUGAGUGAAAUCGGAAUAUUUCCCAGUUAACUUAGAUGCAUUGUGUUAAUGCGUGAUAAAUGUAACACUUUGAAAGUGUGACUUGUAACAAUGCAUGCUGCAUUAUAAAAUCCAUUGGUAUUUGUUAUUAUAUAUUUAUAGGAUGAAUAUUCUAUUUCAUUGUGACUUAUUUAUUAUUUAUGAUAAAAAACCUUUAAAAUAUCUAAUAAAGUACAUAAAAAAACACGACAUAUGUGUAUUACAUUUAUUGCAUGUGACCAGAAACAUAUAAGAUGAGAGAAAUGCAUGAAUAACCACUGCUUUAGGAUACUAAAAUUGUUAAGAACGUAUAGAACAGAGUACAAUGGUGGGCAUAUAAUAUCCCAAAACACAAGAUUGUAUGUAAAUUGCAUGUAAUCCCCCACAUGGCGCAAAUGCAGAAACUUGCUACAUUUACUCCUUUAGAAUUUAGAUUAUAGGUAUUCCUUUUAAGUGAUUCAUGUCACCUUAAAUAUUGUUUUUCCAUUGACUGAUAUCAGGUACAAUUAGGUUUCUAGCCUUUUCCCAGCUUAAUUUAAUAACACGAGAAGAGUCAAUUUCUGAGUUAAACAGUUACUAACAGCCAACAGUAGUCACUAACCUGAUCCUAUAUAUUAAUUGGAGUGUUUUUAUGAUACACAAUAGGUAAAGUCCACCUCUAAAAUACAACAUAUAUAAUUAAUAAACAAACAAUUAACCAAACAAAUAAAGAAAUAUAACACUUGAUAGUCAAGGAUAAAAAGGGAAUACUUGGAUGAGCCUGGUUCUGAUUGAGCAGACUUGGAGACGAGUUGUCUGUCUGCUGGAGGGGAAGCCCCAAUAGGGCCAACAAGGCCAAAUAUGAGCUUGUCUCCAGUGGUGUCGUUACAUUUUAUCAGCCAGCCACUACUCACUAUGAUACCUGUGGCAACUGUUAGUGAGUAGCGGCAGUUUACUGCCAGUAAAGCCAGUCUCUAAGUAGCAGCUAAUGACUCCCAUUGUUCUCUACUUAAUGACUGGUUUACAAUGAAUUUUCAACCCUGUUGCUGCCAUUAACCCUUACAACUUAACACCAGCAUCUGUUAACAAAAGUUAUACCAAUAUAUUCUGUAGGACAAAAUACAUGUUAGCAAGAUGGCGUUAUAUGGAAACACUAAAGCACAAAUCAAAGAAUAUGAAACCAUAACAAGAGAAAAUAUAAUAUAAUAAAAUGGCUGGGACAUGAUAUAAAACAUAAAAUAAUUCCUUUCAAUAAGUAAAUUGCAUGUGUCAUUUAAAUGAAAAAAACAACCAUGGCAUAAGGGAAUCUUAAAUGAUACAUAGUUAUGUAUCUGGCAUACUGCAAAAAUAAGAAUAACGAUGAAAUAUAAAAUAGUUAUAUAGUAAUAUAUAUGAUCACUGAAUGAUUGCACAAUGAAAAUCAAUAAAUGAUAUUUAUAUACUUAAUAUAUACUGAACACCCCUACUGAUGACAGCCAGCAGUAAUAUCAAUACCCUAACCAUGUAUAGUUUGUUAGAAACUACAAUUAAAAGAAUAGAACGGCGUUUCUGAGAAAUACAUUUGGGUGAAAUGACAAUGCUAACAAUCAUUGGGUCUGAUGGAAGACAGUUUACAAGAGGUAAAAGCAAAGUCAAUUUAGAGUUAGAAAAUAUACAUGAAAAAAAUGUAACUUAAUCUUUAAGUUUUCAGUUUUUAAAUGAUUUUUAAUUUUUUCCCUGGAGAUGUAUGAUUCCAUCUAAUUUAUCUGGUAUGAGUAUUUGUUGAGGAUUUUUAUGAGACAUUUUUCAUUUUUAUUAAUUUAUGUAUUUCAUACUAUGAGUUUGAUUUUCGGAAAGAUGUAUAUGUGAAUCACCCAUAUGACCAAAUGCUAAUAUUUGUAUUUGUUUUAUUUAAUUUUUUAAAUUUUUAUUACUUUAAGCUUUCUGGACUUGUAGUUAAAAGACUUAAGGCUGCUGGAAUGCAGCUUCCCUUGUUUGAGUAACCAAGGGCUCUGAUCACUGUUUCACUUGGGAUUUGGGAGACUUACAUCAAAUGUACUCAGUCGGAGUAUAGGGGAUCUAUUACAGAACCCAUUUCGCCAGGGAUUCAAGGGGUGAGAGAGGUCAGGCAAAGUGGGAGAAAAGAGGGUGGGGAGGAGAAAGGUAGGUGAAAAUGGAGAUGUUACUUAGGCAACAAAAGUCAGGGACAAUAUGCCACUGGAAGAGAGGGUCGUGAGUUUACGGCAUCCCAUCCCAGCGUUAUAGCAGUGAGCCUGUUGGGUGGUUGUCAAUAGUUAGAGUAUGGCCAGUAGGUUAAAGAUGGUUUAAAUUUUCAGAUUCAUAGCCCCUUAAGGCAGGGGUUCUCAACCCAGUCCUCGGGACCCCCUACCAGUCCAGGAUUUGGGGAUUACCUGCGUGUGUCUAAGGUGUUUAGAAAAAGGGGAAAAAAAACACCUUAGACUCUAAGGUGUUUUUUUUUUCUUUUUCUAAACACCUUAGACACACCCAGGUAAUCCCUAAACCCUGGACUGGUAGGGGGUCCUGAGGACUAACGUUGAGAACCCCUGCCUUAAGGGAACAGUAUAAAGUUAGGAAUACAAAUGUGUAUGUCUAACGCUAUUGUUCUCUGCUGGUCUUUUAGGUGACUGGUGUCCAAUUGCCAAGCAAAAAAAAUACGUUUUACUUACCUUUUCUUCCUCGCAGCAAAGGUUUCAGUGGCUGGUCCCACCUCCUUAGCUGAGAUCAUCAAGAUUGAUCAUUUCAGCAAAUCCAAUGCAUUCCCACAGCAAAGCAAUGGGAGGCAAGUGAGGCAAAAUGCCACUUUGUGCCAAUCAGAUGGUCUCCAAUCAGAUUGCUUUAACAUUUCUGCAGAG